UUCAGGUGACCCUUAGGCAAAUAAACUAUUAGAAAGGCCCCAGAGGACAUUUUUUGCAGCAGUGGUCACUCCCUGAAUCCAGGCAAGGACGGGGAGGAGUCUGUGCCGUGGUCCCUCCCCUUCUCCAAGUAAACUUCGUCCCCACAAGUUCCGCGGCAGGAUUUCCAAGCGCCAGGAGCAGCUGCACUUCCUGAGCUUUCCUCAUGGUUUCGGUGACCAGAUCCGUGUUUGGGGAGCUGCCCUCGGGGGAAGGGACAGUGGAGAAGUUCCGGCUGCAGUCAGACCUGCUGAGAGUGGACAUCAUUUCCUGGGGCUGCACCAUCACGGCCCUGGAGGUCAAAGACAGGCAGGGCAGAGCCUCAGAUGUGGUGCUUGGCUUUGCCGAGUUGGAAGGCUACCUCCAGCAGCAGCCCUACUUUGGAGCAGUGGUCGGCAGGGUGGCCAACCGCAUUGCCAAAGGAACAUUCAUGUUAGACGGGAAGGAGGUCAAGCUGGCCAUCAACAACGGGCCCAACAGCCUGCAUGGAGGCAUCAGAGGGUUUGAUAAGGUCCUCUGGACCCCUCAGGUGCUGUCAAAUGGCGUCCAGUUCUCACGGGUCAGUCCAGAUGGUGAGGAAGGUUACCCUGGGGAGCUGAAAGUCUGGGUAACUUACACACUGGACGGCGGGGAGCUUGUGGUCAACUAUCGCGCCCAGGCCAGUCAGACCACGCCAGUCAACCUGACCAACCAUUCUUACUUCAACCUGGCGGGCCAGGGUUCCCCAAAUAUCUAUGACCACGAAGUCACUAUAGAAGCUGAUGCUUUUUUGCCUGUGGAUGAAGCCCUGAUUCCUACAGGAGAGGUUGCUCCAGUGCAAGGGACUGCAUUUGACCUGAGAAAGCCGGUGGAGCUUGGAAAACACCUGCAGGAGUUCCACGUCAGUGGCUUCGACCACAAUUUCUGUUUGAAGAGAUCUAGAGAAAAGCAUUUUUGUGCUCGGGUCCACCAUGCUGGAAGCGGGCGGGUACUGGAAGUGUACACCACCCAGCCCGGGGUCCAGUUCUACACGGGCAACUUCCUGGACGGCACCCUGAAGGGCAAGGGUGGAGCAGUCUAUCCCAAGCACUCCGGUUUCUGCCUCGAGACCCAGAGCUGGCCUGAUGCAGUCAAUCAGCCCCACUUCCCCCCUGUGCUGCUGAGGCCUGGUGAGGAGUAUGACCACACCACUUGGUUCAAGUUUUCUGUGGCUUAAGGAAGUGCAAAGAUAUAACCUGCUCCAGAGCCAGGCUGGGAGCCCCUUCAGCUGCUGCCUGUCUUCUAUUCAGAAAUGAGACGAAGAUUUAGAGGCUUUAAAAAUGAUCCUGUGAUUUAAAAUCAUACAAAUGGUCGCUGCUAUGAUAUCAAUCAAUAACCAGUCUGAAUAUUGAUUUCCUUCCCAAUGAUUGGCUCCAGGCCAGGUCUAAUGACCAGCUCUAUUCUCUGUGUUGUUAAGAGGACCCAACUACCGAUCAUCACCCAAGCUCUAAUCCUAGCCCAGAAAUGGCACCUGGACCCCGUGCCCGAUGGGAUCCAUCUCACCACUGUGCCUCUUUCUUUUCUGCUUUUCACCCCUCUUUUCUUCCGAGUCUACUCUCUCAUUCCUUUUUUCCCCUUUUUAUAAAAAGCAUCCGCCUGAGUUUAACUGUCUCUGAGCCUUAGAAGCGGGGUGACUUAAAGUACAAGAAAGAAUCUGUAAUUUUGAUUCGGUGCCUUUGGAGUUAACUGAGAAAGCCCAGCCCAGACCAGCCAAGGCGGGGAAGGAAGCCAUUGGGCAUCAGGAGCUACCGUCAGGAGCUGUGUCUGUGAGGACAGGGCCUUGCAUGGCGACGGCACACCGCACCUGGAACAGAUGUCGUGUUAUGUAGAUGAGGUGGGGGCUCCCUCUUUUCCUGAAGAGUCGAAUCAUCAGUGAUGGGUAUGGGUUGGUGGCUUUUAAAGAAAUGUUUUUUAUAUACUAGCAAUCAGUUGAAAUUAAAAAACACAAAAAACUUGCACCUU